CACCAUUCUACAAUCGCGACAAGGUCAGCCAAGGCCACAAAACUUACGAUAUGGCUGAUGAUGGUAUGCUUCUCAAUUUCGACAUCGGGGACGGCAUCAUUGCUGCCAAGUCGACCUUCAAGGGUGGACGAUGGAAAGACAGGAUGUCCGCGAAACGCUCAGCCGGAUAUCGCAGACGCCUGGAGAACACCCCGGCGACUGGCGUGAAUGCUGCACGAAAACCAAAUCGAGAAUCUGAGCACUCAGACUCGGAGACAGGCGCCAGGAGUGCGAAAAGACAAAGAUUGGAUGGCAACAUCGGUGGCUCGAACGGCCUGCCCUCCUCUAAGACCAACAGCAAAGGCCCGCAGAGAGAGGUCAUAUCGUCACUUUUCACGUAUAAUCCAAAGUCGACAACCACUUCUACCGCUCAGACGCAUGAAGAAGCACAUGUCGAACCUUCGAAUGCCCCUCUCAAUUCAGAACUCGACACUUUUACCUCACUUGGUCUGACAGCUAGUCUCGCCAGCCACCUACUGAGCAAGAUGAAUAUCAAGGCUCCUACAGCUAUACAGAAGGCUGCUAUCACUCAACUGCUCAAGGAAGACUCUGAUGCUUUCAUACAAGCCGAGACUGGUUCCGGAAAGACUCUGGCUUACUUACUGCCUAUCGUGCAACGGAUCAUGAAGAUAUCUACAGAAAUGAAAGAGGUGGAUGGUGCCCCUAAAGAUGCUAUAAACAGAAAGACAGGGCUAUUUGCGAUCAUCCUAGCUCCAACUCGUGAACUGAGUAAGCAGAUCCAAGUUGUGCUCGACAGCCUACUACGUUGCGCUCAUUGGAUCGUCAGUGGCAUCGUCAUUGGUGGAGAAAACAAACAGUCGGAGAAAGCAAGGCUACGUAAAGGUGUCAAUAUACUUGUUGCAACGCCGGGUCGCCUAGCAGAUCAUCUACAGCAUACAGAGGCUUUGGACGCCAGCUGUGUACGAUGGCUCGUCCUGGAUGAAGGAGAUCGGCUAAUGGAGCUCGGUUUCGAGAACGAUAUCCAGAAGAUAGUUGGGGUGCUGAACCUACGCCUUAAAGCUGCUGCGGACAGGGUGAAGCUGCCAGGGCUGCCAGCGAAGAGGACCACAGUUUUAUGUUCUGCGACCAUGAAGGUCAACGUGCAAAGACUUGGAGAGAUAAGCCUGAGAGAAGCCAUACAUAUCCAGAAAGAUCCAGGAGACAAAGAUGCAGAUCAAGAAGCAGCCAAACAUGCGAAAGAGGACGAGUUUUCUGCACCAGCUCAAUUGAAGCAGUCGUAUGCUAUUGUACCGGCAAAGCUUCGUCUAGUCAGCUUAAUUGCAUAUCUAAAGAGAGCCUUCGAGCGCCGUGGCUCAGUCAUGAAAGCCAUAGUGUUCAUGUCCUGCGCUGAUUCCGUGGAUUUCCAUUUCAAUAUUGUUACACAGCUUGAGAAGGCCAAACAAGAACACAGACCCCCGGAGAAGGUCACGAAAGAGCAAGUGUUGGGGGAGCAGAAAGAUGCUGCCGGCGAAGCAGAUGCAGCGCAAGCACUAGACUCAGAGAAAACAACAGAGAAGACACCAAAACAUAAUCCUUUCGCCAAAUUCGUCCAAGGCAAAACCGUUGAUCUUACUAUUACACAUGCUCUCUCAACCCUAGUAUCUUCCCAAGACAAUCCAGUCACCGCAUAUCGCCUUCAUGGGUCUCUCCCACAAGCCCUUCGUACGAGCACUAUCUCGCGCUUCUCCAAAUCGUCCACAGCUUCCGUGCUCAUCGCUACCGACGUUGCCUCUCGAGGUCUUGACGUGCCUAACGUCGAUCUUGUUCUUGAAUACGACCCGGCCUUCGCUCGCGAUGACCAUCUUCAUCGUAUCGGUCGUACGGCCCGUGCUGGACGCGACGGUCGCGCCUGUGUCUUCCUCAUGCCUGGGUGUGAAGAGAAGUAUGUAGAGACGUUAGUCCGAGAUCGACGAGACACAGACGGCGCGUCACAUCUACUUCGACAGACGAGCGAGGAUAUCCUCAAGCGAGCAUUCACGCCGAACAAACCACAAACAAAAGUCAAAGGUCAACUGGAGGCAUGGGACGCGCGAGCGACAGAGCUACAGCUGAAAAUCGAGCGAUGGAUACUAGAUGCGGGCGACGAGCGACGCUUGGAGGGAGCCAAACGAGCAUUUCAAGGACACGUGCGGGCGUACGCGACGCACGUUGCUGCUGAGCGCGAUUGCUUCGAUAUCAAGGAAUUGCAUUUGGGACAUCUUGCAAAAGCGUUCGCGUUGAGAGAUAAACCGAGCGGACUCGGUGCACUGGAAAGAAGGGUUGGCGCCGGAUCCGCGGCUGGGAAGAAAGGAAAUAGGGCAGGUUCAAGGGCCGGUGAUGAGAGCAGAACGAAGGCGGACAAGGGCGAUGAGGCGGAGCAGGCAGCGCGUAAGAUGAGGGAGAAGAUCAAAAUGCAGAAGAUGAUGGGGACAGGGGCUGAUGAGUUUAAUCUUGGUUGAAAAGGUCCUAUAAUCGAACAUGAAACAUGAAUAGCCAUCAAACAUUAAAUAGUCACUAGAAGCUGACGGAACCGCCCAAAAGAAGAUAUUUUCAGAUUAGCACAGCCUAUAC